AUUUGUCUAAACAUAUUCAUAAACCAGAAGUAUUUCCUCGAUGCAGUUUGAAUUCACUGAGACGUGUGGAUAAGAGACGAGCACCCUGACUGCUGCUGGGCUGAUUGAGGUCUGAACUCUGAUCCACUUCCUCGUACGACACAUUUUAUCGAAUGCAUCCCAUCAUUCUUCUCUUUGUCAUUUCUCUGCUUCAAGCAUAUGAAGCCCGAGGCUCCGACACUGGGACUCCUGUAUUUGUGCAGAAGGGGAAGGAUCUGAUUCUAAACGUCACGGCUCCUGUUAAAUUAGUUGAAGACAGUGAAUUGAAAUGGAAAUUUAAUGGUUCAGGCAUGAUAAGAUUAUUUCAUGAUAACAAAAUAAAACUAUUUGACCCCUAUAAAGGAAGGGUCGAGAUCUUUCUCCAAAAUCACUCUUUGCUUUUGAAGAAGGUGCAACAAGCCGACAGUGGACUUUACAGUGCAGGCGUUUACGGGGACAAUGACACUUAUGUGGGUAAAUACAUCGUCACAGUUCAAGAUCCAGUGUCUCUGGUUACUGGGACAGUGGACUUACUCUCCUCCAGCUCUGACUCCUGUAACCUCACAGUGACCUGCAGCACACAGGACUCCCAUCACAUCAUCAGCACUUUUAGAUGUGACCCCAACACCUGCAGCCAUGAGGAGGGAGGAGAGUGGUCAAAGGUCACGACCUCUGGCUCCUCCCUCCGUGUCUACCUGUCCAAAAACUUCUCAGUUAUCUGUAGCCAUAGCAACCAGGUCAGCUCUGACGAGCACACAACAAUGAUUAGAGACUUUUGUUUCAAACAUCCUGGCUCUGACACUUGGACUCAUGUGUUUGUGCAGAAGGGGAAGGAUCUGCUUCUAAACGUCACAGCUCCUGUUAAAUUAGUUAAACGGAGUGAUUUUAGAUGGAAAUUUAAUGGUUCAAGCAUAAUAAGAUUAUUUCAUGAUAACGAAACAGAAAUAAUGAGCCCCUAUGAUGGAAGGGUCGUGAUAUUUCUCCAAAAUCAGUCCUUGCUUUUGAAGAAUGUGCAACAAGCCGACAGUGGACGUUACACUGCAGCUGUUGCUGCAACUGAAAUCAAUUAUGUGGGUAAAUACAGCGUCACAGUUCAAGAUCCAGUGUCUCUGGUUACUGGGACAGUGGACUUACUCUCCUCCAGCUCUGACUCCUGUAACCUCACAGUGACCUGCAGCACACAGGACUCCCAUAACAUCAACAGCACUUUUAGAUGUGACACCAACACCUGCAGCCAGGAGGAGGGAGGAGAGAGGUCAAAGGUCACGACCUCUGGUUCCUCCCUCUAUGUCUACCUGUCCAAAGGCGUCUCAGUUAUUUGUAGCCAUAGCAACCAGGUCAGCUCGGACGAGCACACAACAAUGAUUAGAAACUUUUGUUUCAAACCUCCUGGCUCCGACACUGGGACUCCUGUAUUUGUGCAGAAGGGGAAGGAUCUGAUUCUAAACGUCACGGCUCCUGUUAAAUUAGUUGAAGACAGUGAUUUUAAAUGGCGAUUUAAUGGUUCAGGCAUGAUAAGAUUAUUUCAUGAUAACAAAAUAAAACUAUUUGACCCCUAUAAAGGAAGGGUCGAGAUCUUUCUCCAAAAUCACUCUUUGCUUUUGAAGAAGGUGCAACAAGCCGACAGUGGACUUUACACUGCAGGCGUUUACGGGGACAAUGACACUUAUGUGGGUAAAUACAUCGUCACAGUUCAAGAUCCAGUGUCUCUGGUUACUGGGACAGUGGACUUACUCUCCUCCAGCUCUGACUCCUGUAACCUCACAGUGACCUGCAGCACACAGGACUCCCAUCACAUCAUCAGCACUUUUAGAUGUGACCCCAACACAUGCAGCCAUGAGGAGGGAGGAGAGAGGUCAAAGGUCACGACCUCUGGCUCCUCCCUCCGUGUCUACCUGUCCAAAAACUUCUCAGUUAUCUGUAGCCAUAGCAACCAGGUCAGCUCGGACGAGCACACAACAAUGAUUAGAGACUUUUGUUUCAAACAUCCUGGCUCUGACACUUGGACUCAUGUGUUUGUGCUGAAGGGGAAGGAUCUGAUUCUAAACGUCACGGCUCCUGUUAAAUUAGUUAAACACAGUGAAUUGAAAUGGAAAUUUAAUGAUUUGAACAUAUUAAGAUUACUUUAUAAUCACGAAAAAAUUAUGAUUGGCCCCUAUGAUGGAAGAGUCGAGAUUUUUCUUCAAAAUCACUCUUUGCUUUUGAAGAAUGUGCAACAAGCCGACAGUGGACGUUACACUGCAGUCGUUUUUGGGGACAAUGACACUUAUGUGGGUAAAUUCAUCGUCACAGUUCAAGAUCCAGUGUCUCUGGUUACUGGGACAGUGGACUUACUCUCCAAUAGCUCCGACUCCUGUAACCUCACAGUGACCUGCAGCACACAGGACUCUCAUCACAUCAACAGCACUUUUAGAUGUGAGGCCAACACCUGCAGCCAGGAGGAGGGAGGAGAGAGGUCAAAGGUCACGACCUCUGGCUCCUCCCCCCGUGUCUUCCUGUCCGAGGGCGUCUCAGUUAUUUGUAGCCAUAGCAACCAGGUCAGCUCUGACGAGCACACAACAAUGAUCAGAGACUUUUGUUUCAAACAUCCUGCCCCUGAACCACAGAGCAAUAUCAUCGCCUUUGUCAAUAUGACUGUCAUUAAGGUUUUGGUGAUAAUUGCCAUAUCAGCAGCUUUUGUUGGAUAUCGAAUAAAAGGAAAACAUGAAACUGAGGACAAGGAAAAUACAGUGUACGAAAAUGUUCAGGUCCAAAGCGUGAACACCACUUCUAGAUCAGAAUCCAACUGAUGAUGCUGCAGCUCUUUUUCCGUCCUCCAUCUAAAGCUUGAUUUCAUUCAGAACCAGGAGCAUCCGGAAAAGCUGCGCCCACUUUAAAACUGUUGUUGUGAAAUAUUUCAUACCUUAUUGAAAAAGAUACCUGAUGAAUGUUAAUAUGAAAUGUAAAUAUAGUGUUUCUUGUACAGAUGUGUUCUUAUUCUUUCUAAAGACCUGGUUCAACUCAUUUAUGUGAUGCAGCUUAAGCAGCUUUUCAAUGUUUAAAAAGACAAAGUUUGUAAAGGUUCUUUAAAUUGUUCCUUUAAGUUAAUCUCAAUAGAAUCUCGUGUAAUUACAUUUUAGAUUAUUAUAAUAAGAGAUUUUAUUUUUUAUUUUAUUGUACAUUGUGUGAAUUUAACCAAAUAUCCAUGAAAAACUCAAUAAAACCUAAAGUGAUUUUGGCUGCUAUUUUA